AUGACUUUGACUUUCUUUGAAGCAUGGAGGCAUAAUGGGAAAAAGGUUCAUGAAGAAAUAGUUCAAGCAACAGAGAACUUCAGCUCCAAAUAUUGCAUUGGAGUUGGAGGAUAUGGAAGUGUCUAUAAAACAAUGCUUUCAACGGGUCAAGUUGUUGCUGUGAAAAAAUUGCAUGAGAAUGAAGGAGCGGCUAUUAUGGAAGCUUUUGAAAGUGAGACUAGUGUAUUGACAAGAGCACGCCAUAGAAAUAUCAUUACGCUUUAUGGAUUUUGUUCACAUGCAAGACAAUCAUAUUUGGUGUAUGAGUUCAUGGACGGGGGGAGCUUAACGAAGAUAUUAAGCAAUGAAGUUAGUGCGGCAGAGUUCGAGUGGACCAAGAGAAUAAAUGUGGUGAAAGGUUUAGCCAAUGCCAUAUUAUACAUGCACCAUGAAUGUUGUCCUGCUAUAAGUCAUAGAGACAUAUCAACUAAGAAUGUUCUGUUGGAUGAUGAAUACGAGGCUCACAUUUCAACUUUGGAUACUGAGUCAUUGAAUUGGACUCCAUUUGCAGGAACCUUUGGCUACUCAGCCCCAGAGCUUGCUUAUACAAUGGAAGUAAAUGAGAAGAUCGACGUGUACAGCUUCGGAGUUGUAACAUUAGAAGUGAUCAUGGGAAAGCAUCCAGGAGACCUCAUAUCAUCUCUGUUACUAUCACCAUUACUGGCUGUUGACGUUCUGCUUAAGGAUGUACUGGAUCAACGUCUCUCACCUCCAAGGGGGCGAAUAGCACACUAA